CGGGAAGAUCAGCCGCUCCAUCCACGCCGGGAACUGCCAUUAUUCAAUUUGCCAUCCCCAGCAAAACUGCAACAAGCAUGACCGUGAUCGCCAAGUCUGCGUUGGCCGCCCUUGUGGUGGCUAUGACUUCGUCCGUGGAAGCCGCCAAGCUCAAGAACGUGGUGUACUACAUGGAAUGGGCCAUCUACCAGCGCAACUUUGGCAUCUUCGACUUGGACUGGGACAAGAUCACCCACAUCAACUACGCGUUCGGCAAGCCCAACCCCGACGGCACGGUGGGGAUCUACGACGGGUGGGCCGCGGUGCAAAAGCGGUGGCCGGAGCAUGGCGACUCGUGGAACGACCAAGGCAACAGCUUGUACGGCAACUUUGGCCAAGGGUUCAAGCAAAAGCAAAAGGCUCGCGGCACCAAGUUCGGUCUGUCCAUUGGCGGGUGGACGUUGAGCGACCA